UCUAUUUGACAAAUCAAAUGACAAUGACAAUUAUCAAUUUGUUAUUGUUGUGAUGUUUGUGUUCUUUUUAUAAUAUUUUUCCGUUAUUGUUAAAUUAUUACAUUUUGACCAUGUCAUUAGAUCAUAAGUCACUUAAAAACAAAUCUCCAUCUAAAACUGGAGAACAAGACACUAACCAGGCAUCCAGCACUGAUGAAGAAGAUGGAUCUUCAGUCUUCAGUUUUGUUUCUAGGCUUCAGAAAGAUUUAGAACAUAAAUUGGGGCUUGGAAGCGACGAAAAUCUGUCCAAGGUUUUAGAUGAAGUGAGUUUGGAUGGUUUUGUAAACUACAUCAAGAAUCAGAACUGUAAAAAUAUUAUAACAUUGGCUGGAGCAGGAAUCUCAACUUCUGCCGGAAUCCCUGAUUUUCGGUCACCAGGUACAGGACUAUAUGAUAAUCUACAAAAAUACAACUUGCCCCAUCCACAAGCAAUUUUUGAGUUAGACUUCUUUAAUGAGAAUCCAAAGCCAUUUUUCGUGCUGGCCAAAGAGCUAUACCCAGGCUCUUUUAAGCCAACUUUAAGCCAUUACUUUAUAAGAAUGUUACAUGAAAAAGGCCUUCUUUUAAGACAUUAUACCCAGAAUAUUGAUACUCUGGAAAGAGUUGCUGGAAUUCCAGAUGAAAAACUAGUUGAGGCGCACGGUUCUUUUUAUACAGGCCAUUGUUUACAUUGCAGGGCUGAAUAUGAACUUAACUGGAUGAAAGAUCGUAUAUUUAAGGAUGAAAUUCCAACUUGUGAAAAAUGUCCUGGUGUUGUUAAACCUGACAUAGUUUUUUUUGGGGAAAAUUUACCAGAUAAAUUUUCAAAUGCUAUUGAAGAAGAUUUUUCACAGUGUGAUUUAUUAAUUAUUUUAGGAUCUUCUUUAGUUGUGCACCCUUUUGCUUCAUUAGUAGACAUGGCCCCAUCACAUGUUCCAAGGUUGUUGAUCAACCGUGAAAAAGCAGGUCAUCGUACAGGUAUUAUGGCCAUGCUAGGUAUCAGUGGUGGUUUAGAAUUUGAUAAGAAAGGCAAUACAAGAGAUGUAGCAUGGCUGGGAGAUUGUGAUGAAGGAUGUUUGUUGUUGGCUGAAAAAUUGGGCUGGGGGACUUCUGUUUAGAGCGAAUUAAAAGAUUUACAUAAGAAAGAGCAUCAGGAGAUUGAUAAAAAAGAAGGCAAAACUACAAAAGUAUCUUCUGAUACUAAAUCAGAAGAUAGUAAGUAAAUUUGAUUAUGUUGACGUACCAAGUGGUUUUUGUUAUAAUAGAAUACAUCUCUUAUUUUAAUAGAUAUUUUGUAGAUUUUCAUGGUAGCAAACACACUUAGAAACGUUUAAAAAUGUACAGAAUGUUAUUAAAAAAUAAAAACUAAUAAUAAUGUAAAAAUAAUGUACAAGACUAUUUCUUGUAUAAUUAAAGUUGUUUCAAUGUUUGCUAUUCUGAAUAAUUUAAUGAAACACUUGGUAUAUUAUUUUGUAUUAUGAAAAUAUAUAUUUUUAUUGAUAAGUUAUUAUUUUAAAUUAACCUAUAACUGAUGUUAUGAGAUAUUUAUUUAUGUUUAGUAAGGUAAGAUUUUACUUUUAUUAUAAUUUUUAUUUAUAUAGAUUUAAAAAAAUAAUUGUUAGGACUGUUGUUAUUGCGUUAAUGCUAUUAAAACAGAAAUUUUGCAAUUAUCA